GGAUCGUUGGUUUCAUUAGUUCGUCCCGAGCUUCGAAGUCGUAGAUUCCGAAAGAAGCUCAGAGACAGAAGCGACCUCCACCUGGAGUCCGGACCAGUGUUUGGUAAUUCCGUACGUGUAUGAAAUUUCUCCUCCGUCAUUCACCAUAGCAAAAUUGAUUCCUUUAGCGAAUAAGCUACGACACCAAUCCAACCCCAAAAGCAUAAACUUCCACCAUCAUUAUUAUCAGAUUCAAAUUCAGCAAAUUUUUUAGGUGUGGAGGCUACCUUGAGGAGGAGAUCCACCUGCCCCCCUUCAAUGAAGGGGUGGCAGCCACCACUUGUAAAGAUAAAUAAUAAAACUGGCAUUUGCUUCUAUGAGCCGAUUCCAUCAUUGUAUUGCGCUUUAUGACUAGGUAAUGAAGGGUUUCUUUGAGAGGGCUGUUGCUUCAAAAUCUUCUUCUAAAAGUUUAACCGAUACCUCGAAUAGAAGUCCACCAUCUGUUUGUUCAGACCCUGUAUCAAGUGAUAGCAAGUUCCCCAAGGCCUCCGUAUGGUCAAGUUUCUUUGCUUCAGCUCUCUCGAUCUUUGAAACACAUAGUGAACCAUCAGCUUGUGAAAACAAGGAAGUUCAUAGUGAUUCAUCAGUUUGUGAAAAGAAGGCAGUUCAUACUAGACAUAAUGGGUGGACAGCAGCUGUGAGAAAAGCUGUGGCUACUGGCUCAAUGAGGAGACUUCAAGAACGUGUACUAGGGUCAAGCAGGACUGGCAUUUCUAGCUCAACAAGUGACAUAUGGCUUCUAGGUGUGUGCUAUAGAAUCUCACAGGAUGAGUCAUCUGGAGAUACUGAUACUAGCAAUGGGUUAUCAGGAUUUGAACAAGACUUUUCAUCAAGAAUAUUGAUGACAUAUCGUAAAGGUGUCUUUGGUUUUGAUGCUAUUGGAGAUACAAGGUAUACCAGUGAUGUAAACUGGGGUUGCAUGCUUCGCAGUAGUCAGAUGCUUGCUGCUCAGGCAUUGCUUUUUCAUCGAUUAGGUAGAUCCUGGAGGAAACCACUGCAAAAGCCAUUGGAUCAAGAAUAUAUUGAGAUUCUGCACUCUUUUGGUGAUUCUGAGGCAUCACCUUUCUCUAUACACAACCUUCUUCAAGCCGGGAAGGCUUAUAACCUGGAUGCUGGGUCAUGGGUGGGCCCUUAUGCCAUGUGUCGCACAUGGGAAACUCUAGCCCGCAUUAAAAGAGAGACAACUGACCUUGAGGACCAGCCACUUCCUAUGGCUGUUUAUAUUGUUUCUGGAGAUGAAGAUGGGGAGCGAGGUGGAGCUCCAGUUCUUUGCAUUGAAGAUGCCUCAAGACAUUGUUGUGAGUUUUCAAGAGGUCAAGCUGGUUGGACGCCCAUUCUUUUACUGGUUCCUUUGGUUCUCGGACCUGAAAAAGUCAAUCCCAGGUAUAUUCCAUCACUGCGGGCAACAUUUAUGUUUCCACAGAGCCUUGGCAUCUUGGGUGGGAAGCCUGGGGCUUCGACUUACAUUGUAGGUGUGCAAGAUGAAAAAGCUCUCUUCCUUGAUCCACAUGACGUUCAACUGGUCGUUAACAUCAAUAGGGACAAUCUAGAGGCCGAUACUUCAUCUUAUCACUGCAAUAUCAUUCGGCACAUAUCGUUAGACUCGAUUGAUUCAUCCUUGGCAAUCGGAUUUUAUUGCCGAGACAAAGAUGAUUUUGAUGAUUUUUGUCUCCGGGCUUCGAAGCUGGCAGAUGAAUCAAAUGGUGCUCCAUUAUUCACCGUGGCUCAGAAGCAUAAUUUGUCAAAACCAGUUAGUCACCCUGAACUGUUGGUUGACACUGAUGGGGUUCAAAAGGAUGAUUGCUUUGGUGUGGAGCCUAUAAAUGAUGCUGAGGGCCAUGCACAUGAUGAUGAGUGGCAGCUCCUUUGAUGCUUCGUGGGUCCUAAGGCCAGCAUGACGGUUGGAAAAUUCUGUCUAUGAGUUGGUUUGUGUUGGGUGAUCUUAUGCAAUUCCACUGGGUUCUCACUAGCACGACAGUGACUCCCAUGUUCGGUUGACCCGUGACUCUGUGCCUUAACUCGAGCUUGUUGGAUCUGGCAUUUGUAGAAAAUAGUUUUUUUUUUUUUUUUUUUUCUUUUCGAUGAAUGAUGUAGAUUAAUUUAUUACGAUUCUUUUUUUAUUUAUUUACUCUUAAAUAAUUUUCAAAGUGUCAAUAUGAUUAAAUUAUUUAAGAUGUUUGUAAUGUAUAUGGCAAAUAUACCAGCUUCUGUCAAUGUUUAUUUUCCUCA